AUGGAGAAUAUCCAUGAACUCCAGCACCCGCUGCUGGCCAAGCCGCCUGGGAAAGUGACCCUCCAGGGCGGGAUGCUGAGCCCAGCCACUCCGCAGCAUGACCACUCUGGAUCGUUGCCCCACCACGUGCCCCCCAGCCUCUCCUGGCUCCAAACUGGCCCCACCAUCCUGCCUAGGCAGCUCCUGGAUCCCAGCAGCCUGCAGAAGGUGGUCAAACCGUACAGUACCCCAGAGCCAACCCUCUACCCAGAGCUGUGGAAGUCGAGCAACCCCCAAGGCUGGAAGAAGAAAGAUUAUAUUGAAACUGCUUUUGGAGACAGCAAGGAGGCCUCGGAGCUGCCCAGGAAGGUGGCUCUGGAGAAAGACAUUCACACCGUCUGCUAUGAAGUGGGCGACACGGAGUUGCCAGACCCAGAGAAUGACUCCUCGAGUGACAGCGAUACAGAGAGCGAGAGCAGUUUCUCCAUGCUGCUGCCUCAAGAUUACCUGGGCUUGGCCGUCUUCUCCAUGCUCUGCUGCUUCUGGCCGUUGGGCAUUGCUGCUUUCUAUCUAUCCCAAAAGACCAACAAGGCGUCAGCCAAGGGGGACUACCCAGGAGCGUGGACGGCUUCUCGCCAAACCUUUGCCCUGGCUGUCUUGUCCAUCAUUCUUGGCAUUUGCACCUACAUUGGGGCUGUGGUGGCCCUCAUUGCCUACCUGUCCAACAAGGCACCAACCUAG